UCCUUUUAUGGAGCAAUUUGACAUCAUAACUGUGAGAAAGAGAAACCCCUCUUUUAUUCCCAACCCCUGGUUACAGACCGAUGAAGGCGGAAGUGACACGAGUCAUCAGAAAGCCAAAGAACUUCUAGAUGUCCUUCUCCAAGCAGACAUUGUUAAAUUUGUCCACUUCUUGGUGGAUGUCAUUAACGUCCUAAGCCUUCUGUCCCACGUCAUUCAGAACAGAAAUUCUUCAAUUGCUGAUAUAUUUGCCACCUUAGAGUCCACACUGGAAAUGCUCAGAAUAUAUCAAACAAGACCAGGGCCAAAAGAACGUCGGGUGGAAUCCGUCACACACUUUCAUGGUAACUGCCUCGGAGGAAGGGGAAACAUUUCUGACGUGAGAAACAUGGUUUUAACUCAUCUUAUCGAGAGGCUGCAAGGCUGUUUCAGAGAUGCCAGCCAAGAUGUGGUGAAGGCAACCACGAUUGGAAGCUUUAAACUGUGGCCUGCAAAGAUAAAGCAAGAAUUUGGAGAAAAAGAGGUGUCCAUCCUGACUGCACAUUACGAACCAAUAUUGGAAGCUGCUCAGGUGAAAAUUGACGAAGUGGACACAGAAUGGAGCAUGUUGAAAUUAGAGAUUUACGCUAGAUUUCAGAAUAUCCGCAAACUGACCUGGGAUUUUGUGAAUUCUGUUUAUUUGCACAAGUAUCCAAACAUCCUGACCCUGGUGGACCUGGUGCUGAGCCUCCCCGCCAGUUCCGCUGAGGCAGAACGCGGCUUCAGUCAGAUGGAGCGCACCAACUCCCAAGUGCACGCCAAGGUCAAGGCUGAUGACAUGACGGAUCUCCUGAUAAUUCAGUUGAAUUCUCCAGACAUUAAGAACUUUGACCCCAGGAAAGCCAUUCAUUUAUGGAAUACAAGAACACCAUCUUCACCUGGUGACACAAGACCUAAUUCGGAUUGCUCAUCCCGCUCAGAAAGCCCCGACGAAAGUGAUUACUAGCGUGACAAGUGUUGACCUCACCGUGGAUCGUAGCCAAAAAAACCUAUUGUCAAAACCCUGAAAUUUAAAAGUAGAAGUCACCAGUUUUCACAUCAAGCACAAAAGGCUUUUGGCAUCUUCCAGACAUACAAAGCAAAAAUGUCAAAGUGUGAUUGUCCUCUCUUUCUAAUUCUGCUUCUAUAGUCACACGUUCGUUCACGUUCUUUGGGGGAGGUGUGUACUUCCAAGCAGUAGUACUAUUUUGACAUCAUCUUUCUGAGAGUUAUUCCUAAGUGUUUCCAGACUAUAAUUAUGAUUUGAGUUCCUUUAAACCCGGCUUACAAUUAACUAUAUUUUCUGGGUAAUUCCAAAUGACAGUUGUAUUAGAUAGCUAACUUAAGACCGAAUUGAAAGAGAACUUUUUUUUUGAUCCAUAAAAUGUGUAAGCGUACCUCUUUCUGUUACUGCAUUCUACGUGAAGGCCAUAUUAUUACAGGCCUUGGUCAUUUAAGUAACAAGGCCGAGUCUUAAAAUAAUUUUCGCAUUUCAUACCAAAGUCCCCAGAUAAACAAUUUCUCUGUAAACUGACAGUAGUUUCUUACAAUGCUUUGCUUGUACCCUAGCUAUUAGAGACGGUAGACAUAUUUUACAUAUCUACCAGAAUUUUUAAAUGCUUUGAGCCUCUCCGUGGUUUCAGUUGAGUUUAUUUACGAUUUGAUCUUGAGGAACAUGACUGAUUUAUUUCUAACUUACCUGAAAAUCACUAUGGUAUCACAUAAAGAUCAUUUUGCCAAAAAUUCCACUACCUAGGAAAGUGUCCUCAUCGCUCUCAAACUGGAUGCUCAGGUUUGAUCAAAAAGGACAGAGCAUUUACUUCUGAACAACCUGCUGGAUGACCAAUCAUAGCAAAGAAAGGAAUGUUCUGCUCUUGCUACAUGAAACAUUACCUUCCAGCUCUUAAACGUGUAUAUUUGGUUUGACCGUUUGAAAUUUUAAAAGGAUUAUUGUGCUUUCCCAAGGGUUAGAGGAAAUGGCAAAGUUUAUGUUGGACUUUAGAAACACUAAAAACUUAGCUAUGAGAAGAACCAUUUGAGAUUCUACGUCUAGGUUUUACUCAUUUUAUUCCUGAACAAAGAAGAAUAGCUUCUUUCAGC